UGAUGAAAUUGAUAAAUACAUUUAAAUAACACAAAAUAAGUACAUUAAAAAAAAAUAUGUAUAUGUAUGACACGUGAGAACUGCAUAUACGCGGGUAAUAUAGAAGCAAUAAUUCUACGCUUAUCGCACAGGUGCGUUUUACUAGAUCGACUUGCAUCUGAAAAUUGCAACCGCAAUAAAAUUGUGAUAGGUUAAUAACUAAAUAAGGAGUAUAAAUUGUGCUUCAAAUCUAUUAUUUUUCAUCAUUCGUACUUGGACUGCCUCUGUCAUAUAAUCGUCACGUGAAGAAUAUCUAAUACAUACGUUUUGCAAUUUUGACGACGUCUGAUCUUUUGAAAUUGUUCGACGUAUUUUUCAGAAGCAUAUUAUUUUAAUACAAUGCAUAUCAUUCCAAUGUUUUCGAUUCUAAUAUUUUGUUUGUAUUUAUGUCAUCAAUGUUAUUCGGGUAAGUAUAUACUCAAAUGAUAUUCUUUGACGAUAAUCAUACAUAUUUAUAAAUUAUACAUGGUAGAAUAAAACUUUCAGAAAUAAACUUUUUCUCUUUAUAAUAUUCUAUUUUUAUUUUAAUAGCGGAGAAUAAGCAUAAUCAUGCCAAAGACAGCGAUAUUCAUGCAAUCAAUAGUCAUUGGCUGACCGAAGAUAAUAAGAUACUGAAUGAAUCUUUCAAGAGCCUCAGUGAGUUAAAAAAUCUCCAUCAUUACAUGAACACUUUCGGCAAAGACGUAUGUCAUGGCUGGAAUGAGAAAGCAAAAUCGCCGCUGUUAAUCUUGGUAGAUUCGAAUACCAAGCAUGAGUUCCAAAGAAAGAUAGCUCGGGCUACGUGGCUCCGAAACGUCCAUCGCAAUCAGAGCAGAAUACAUGUAGUGUUUUUCGUGGGAAAACCGCAUAGCUUAAAUACCGCCGAACACCUAUUAAUGGAGAACCGAAAACACGGCGACAUUGUCUGGACGCACGUGCCAGAAAAUUCCAAUUAUGACAGGUCACUGAAAAUGGUAUCGGGGCUGAACUGGGUGCUCAAAAAAUGCAAACACGCUAAAUUUGUGUUGAAAGUCGACGAUAAAACAAUCGUCAACAUGCCGGCUCUCCUUAGAUUCAUUGACAAACAAAAUAAUGCAAAAAACACCAUAUGGGGAUUCAAACACAACGUUUCACCGAUAAAAACCAAUAAGAAGUAUGUCGACUACACUUGUGAACAUGCAUAUCUGAUGACACGUGAUGCAGUUAAAAACCUGUAUUCUGGUUCUUUAGAAAAUAUUCCCUAUUUGAGUGACGAAAACCAAUUCCUUACUGGAGUAGUUGCGACUAACCAAGGCGUCAAUGUAAUACACGAUAAACAUUUCAAAGCUGUUACACUAUCAUCAGUUCUCCCAAAUAACAGCACUGCAGUUGAAAAAUGUGAAUAUUCAAAAAACCAUUUCAUUUUCUUAAAACCCGAGAAUAGAGAUGAAUGGUCACAUAUAUUGUCAUCAUUCAAGAUCUGUAAGUCUAAUUUAGUUAAGAAUGCAAAGCAUCAUAAAUCAGUUUAAAAAUGUAAGUUGUAAAAAACCGUAGCAAGACAUGUUAGUUUAUAACAUUACUAUUCUAAAAUAAAUAAAUAU